UUGAAGCAGGGGGAACCCGUGUAGUCAACAGCUUGGUGCAGAUUUUAAAUAGCGUAUUUUGGGCUUUAGUAUUGUUUAGGCAUAAACAACCAGGACACUUAACACAAGGCUUUUCGAACAACAGCAACGUUACAGGGGCCAUAGUUGGAUAAUAGACACACUAGACCUCCAACAAAGCAUCUGACCAGACUGCGCGCUAGCAAAGCUAACAGUUCAUUUUUAGUCAAAUGAGACAUACAAAGGAAAUGCGGGAUUUGAAAAUAUUGAGGUGAACAGGAGUUGUCUGACGUUUAAUGGUCGUGGGAGAUAAGCUAACUGUUAACUUCAAACUAGUUCGCAUCACAGAUAAUUGCUCCAUCUCUGGUGUAACUUGCAGCCAGUGGAGCGGUCCCUGCCUAAAACAAAAAAAAAAAGGAAAACCAUCUCAGAUUUGACUCGCGACUCUGGAUCUGUCAGCCUAUUAUUACUAUUUUAUCUGAUCUGGAUAUCUCGGCUAUCCGCAGAGCUACAUCGUUCAGUGGCUACAAGGCUAACCAUUAGUAUGCCACACUACGUUAUGGGAAGAAUGAGGCUGCCAUUAUGGUGACAAUCGUGAAAAAGAAAGAUGCACAGAGACUCUUAUCCUGAAAUUGAAAGAAGGUAGCUAGCUAACGCUGGGCAAAGCUAACUUAUCUUGCUAGCACAUUUAGCCACACUGCUAAUGUGGUAGCUGCUUAAAGAGAGACGUUAACGGUUGUUUAACCAACUGUGUGUUCGGUGUCACCGUGUUUGUGGAAUAUGACUUGAUGGUUGUCACCAAGGAGCGGAGCCUUUCGUCUAUAAACGGUUAUUAUAACGUUACAGUGUUUGAACUUGGGGGGGUUUAAUUAGCAUUCGGCUAACGGGCUGGCUAGUUAGCUAAGCUAAGGCUAACGUCGCAGCCCUCCCGUUAGAAAGUAUCGGCAAGCCCGCACAGCCUUCUAAUGAGUUUAAGUGACAGGAAAGUGGCGUCCAGUGGGUAUUCCUCGUCGCGACAAACAAUGGCAAACCCCACAAACGAGGCCUUGUUUUUGCUAAAGGAUGUGAAGCCUGGCUCGAAAAAUUUGAAUAUUGUAUUCAUCGUGUUGGAAAUAGGUCGAGUGACCAAAACGAAAGAUGGUCAUGAGGUCCGCUCAUGCAAGGUGGCAGACAAGAGCGGGAGCAUUGCCAUCUCUGUCUGGGACGAGCUGGGCAGCCUCAUCCAGCCAGGGGACAUCAUCAAGCUGACCAGAGGGUAUGCAUCCAUAUGGAAAGGCUGCCUGACCUUAUACACUGGAAGAGGAGGAGACCUGCAGAAGAUUGGAGAGUUCUGCAUGGUGUAUUCAGAAGUGCCCAACUUCAGUGAACCAAACCCAGAGCUGCUAAACCAAGGGAACCAGCAAAACAAGUCUGGUAAACCAGACCAGAAUCAGAGGGGAAACUCUCCCCCCAAUCAGAAUUCAGGUACAUCUGCCCCACCAGGUAAUGGUUCCAUGCCGCCAUUUGCCAACAAUAACAACAACAACCCACCACCUGGUGCGGCCCGCGAUGCUGCGUUUGGGGGCAUGGGGCGACCUAACGGUCGGACACCGGGAAACGGAGCGUCUCAAGCUGCUGUUGCUGGACCCCCAACGACCGCAAAGUCUUCAGUUACCAUUAGCAACGGCAGGGACCCACGCCGUGCCAAAAGAUGAAAUUGGGGGUUAAAGGGGAUCAUGUGGGAAGAUGAUGGACCGCCCCCACUUUUCCCCCCUGCCUCCUUAUUUAAAAAACAAAAAAAAACAAAAAAACAUGCCCCCUUCCCCAUCACAGUCUGUAUCGGCUUUCAAAAUAAUUAAUUCAGUUAGGGACUACGUGCAUCUUUUUUAUACAGGCUAACAUUGUAAAAUGUGUCGUUUUGUCAUGGGUAGUAGCGCUUUCAGUAAGCAGCACAGUGUGAUUGUGAUCUACCACUCAAUGCACUAGUGGGACUUCUUAUACAGUCGAGCCUGGAGUCGUGGUCCGCCUUCUCAGUCCACGUCCUUGUCCUGGAAAUCUCACUGCAAAUUGCCAGUCCUGUGCCAGUGUUACCUCCCCUGACACACUGUCCCAACCCUCCCCUUCUCCUAUUUUGUUCUUUCAGACUAUACACCCUACUUGAACACUUGAUGCACUUUCUUCUCUUAAUUUAUGUCUGGGCAAGGUUGCCUGUCAUUUAAAUCAGGAAAAUCAGUUUCUGCUCUUUUUAGUGGAAAAGGCCUUAAGUUGGUGUAAAUGACUUCUUGGACUGAAUGCACAAAGCGACAUUCUUCAUGAGGGGUCUUCUCCCUCCUAACCAAACUGUAUCCGAAGUGACUCUGUGACAGGAAAGGUGUUAGUUUUGAAUUUUUAAUGGUAGGUAGGUUGAUAUUAAACUGUUUUGUUUUUUUUUUGUUUUUUUCAUACAUUUUCUUUUUUUUCUUGUUUGCCAUCAAUUGUACUUUGAUCGAGGUGGGACCACUUAAAUACUGACGAAACGGUUCACCGAAUAAAUUUUACAGUAAUUCUGCUGCCA